AUGGCUUUUUGUGAUUUACGAUCCACAAUACAAUGGAUGCAAACACCAGGGUCAACAACCAACUGUCUACCUGGAUUGGAAUAUUUGACUCAGAUAAAUCACUUACUAGUGUGUCGAUGUUUUGAUCAUCUGGAAGUCAACAGUGGUUUUGAAACAAACAAAACAUAUGAUGUCAUGAACAAUCAAGGACAGAGAAUUUAUUUUGCAGAAGAGAAAAGUAAUUGUCAGAAACUUGUGUGACCUUGGAGGCCUCUUACCAUGACAAUUUAUGAUAGUGUAGGCUGUCAUGUGAUUGCUAUGCAUAAAGCUCUAAGAUGGAACUGCUGCUGGAGUAACUGCUGCCUACAAAAGUUAAAAGUUGAGGCUCCUCCUGGAGAAAUAAUUGGAUAUGUUUAUCAAUACUAUCACCCAUAUUUACCAAUGUUUAAAAUAAAAAAUGAGAAUAAGAAAGAUGUAAUGAAACUCAAAGGGCCAUGUGUGGUUUCUAGCUGUCUCGGAGAUCUAAAUUUUAAUUUAUUAUCCCUGGAUGAAGAAUUGGUUAUUGGUAAGAUUUUAAAUCAGUGGGCUACAUUUACAAGGGAACUAUUUACCAAUGCCAAUAAAUUUGAAGUCCAGUUUCCAUUUGAUCCUGAUGUUAAAAUAAAAGCAUUGUUGCUCGGAGCAAGUUUCCUCAUUAGAAUUUUAAAAGCUUCAAGAGAAAAACAACUUAUUAUGUACAAAGGAACACCCAUGAGACUAUCAGCAAAUGUUUUAGUAGAAAUUCUGGAGGCCAGAAAUGAGAGGUACACAGAGAACAAACUUGUGGUUGCCACAAAAGAGGGGGAUGGAGUAGGACAGACGGAGAGUUUGGGCAUCAUGUUCCUAGACCUGGCUGAUGGCCCGAAUUAUCACUUUAGCGCCUUGUUAAAGAUUCCUGGAAGCAUGCCCCCAGAUCUUUUAAAUCAUAAUCUCAAGGAGUGA